AUGACCGGUCUUCACCCCACAUCACUCUCCAUCUCUCUCUCUCACACCCAUCUCUCUGCCUACAGCUCUCAUAGCACCGCUAAUUACCUCUCUGCAAACCUUUCACGAUGCUCGGAUUCACCAAGUCUCUCAUCCUUGCGGCCCUCGCCGUCUCGGCUGCUACUGCCGCGCCCACGGCCGACAAGCACGACCGCAACGUCCACAUCGUCACUGUCGAGAACGGCAAGCGCUUUGACGCCGCCGUCUGCUACGGUGCCUCGAAGCAGUUUGUGCACUACAUCAAGCAGAGCGUCUGCAGCUCCUACACUCGCGAACCCGGCCAGGACAGGACCUGCGUGUCGGACGUUGGCCAGUUCCCCAACGGCUACAACGACUUCUCGCACCACUGCCAGAGCGAGCUGCAGUUCGCCACCUUUACGCCUACUCCGGACGACAGGGCGACCGUGGUGCUUGCCACCGCCGCCGACUUCAAGACCGAGGUGCUGCGCUGCGAGGGUGCCAAGCGCGAGCACAUCUACCCCGAGUUUACCAUCAACCACGCCCUCUGCAACGGCUGGCAGCCGGGUACCGACUCGUCCAAGUUCCUCUGCGUCCUGGACAACGGCAGGAUCCAGGACCAGUCCGCGUACACCGACCUGCUCAAGCAGUUCGCCGGCUCGUGCAACGUGGCCAAGGGCACCAUCAAGGGCAAGCUCCAGUAGGGCCGCGUUUGCAUGGCACCGCCAGCGCGCCCGUAUCCGCCCGCGCCUCGACCAAGCAGCGACUCGCCGGUCCAAUAGAUUAGCCCUUUGUUUCGAUGGCCGGCAAAGCUGUGCUAUGAGUCGACCAUGGCCGAUGUGA